AGGCAACAGCUACACAAACCCAGGAAGCAGAGUGUUUGUGUUUCAUGACCAGAACGACGGGGAGACACAUUUAUAGCAGAAAUGACAACGCCUCCUGUACCAGUUCUGGACGGAGACUCUUGUCCAAAACUUCAGAUGGAAAAACGAGUGAAAAAUGUUUUUGUUACUCAGCCGGAGGACCCGAGAGACAGGAAAAAAGAGACGAUGUGCAUAUCUGCUACAACAGAAACUUCAAGCAAACUCUUAGAGGUUGGAGUGAAAGCACUAAAAAAGGCACUUAUUGCAAGAAAACAGGCUGAGCUGCAUGAACUGGACGUGCAACUCGCACUCAAAACACAAGAUUUCAGGAGCUGCAUGGAGGCCCUUGCUAAUAGAAGGUCAGAGUUGGAAACUCAACAACGGCAGACUAAAGAGGAGGAGAUGAAAUUUGAGAAGUUUGUGGCUGAGAAAGAAGUGAAGCGACGAAAAGCGCUGAAACAGUGUGAAGCAACUUUGGAGCAGAACAUCCUGAAACAGAGACAGAUUGAAGAUUUAACAGAACAACUGACAAAACUAGAAACCAGGAGACAAGUUUUAAAGCAGAGAACAGAAAAAAACAAAAUCUACGAGGAUUAUCUGAUGAAAACUCUGGAUCAUCUCCCCAGCAUUCCCCGCCACAACAGCAGCGAAUCUUUAGCCAUGCCGAUCAUUCGACGCCAUGAGACGCUGUCCGUGACCCACCAAGAGCUGCUGCAACGUUUGAGGCGAAUGGAGGCGGCGGUGGAGCAGCAGUGGCGGCAGCUGCAAAGCACGAAGCAGCAGCACAGCAUAACAACGCUGAUGUCCAGUAAACAACUGUCUGAACUGCACAGCGAGUUAGAAAGCUUGAAAGAGAAGAACAGGCAGGUUGAAGUUAACCUGCUGAUGAAACGAGGCGUAUCCAGAGAGAAGGGAGAGGAAGUUGGAAAAUUACUUCUGGCUGUCAACAAUCUUGCACAAGAGUGUUACAUCCCAGAAUUUGGACCGCUGGAAGGCAUGAGUGUCCUGAUUAUGAUGGACAUGGUGAAGGAGUUUGUUCUGGACAAGGCGGACACGGAGAGGAGAGUGAGGAGGCUGGAGUCCUGCUCCACCGCUACUCUGACCGACAAACGAUGGAGAGAGUCGCUGAAAAGCAUCGGCAGCAAAACUCAAAUCAAAAGCUCAAGUAAAGCCAGUAAAAUCAGCGACUUGUCCAACUGAUGCUGUCGUUUUCAUUUUUUUUUUAUUUUUGCCAAGCUUUUAUUCUGCUUAUUACAUUAAAGUGUGUUUUCAUGG